CAUACACCUUCAGAGCUUGACCCAAAGCGCCAUGCCUGUGUGGUCACCUUGGGCCACAUGAGUGGUCACAAUGGGGCAAGGCCCCUCCCCCACUCCUGCAGGGCCAUUGUGCAUCUGACCUGGCAUCUCCUCCAGGCCAUCUACUUCACGGCCCUAUUCCCUUACUUGGUGCUGACCAUCUUCCUCAUCAGAGGCCUGAUGCUGUCUGGUGUCACACACAGGCUCCGCUACCUUUUCACCCACAACAUAAGUGGAGGGGGGCAGGGGGCACAGUGGGCAAGGGAGGCGGGCCUCGGGGUCUCAGCAGGGUUGGGACAAGGACUUUGGUCUGGGGUGUGUGGACUGGUGCACCUGCAGGAAGUCCAGGUGCUGACAAGAGGCAGAUUCUCCAGAACAUGUGGGUGUGGAUGGAUGCAAGCCACCCAGAUCUUCUCCCGGUCCCUGGCCUUCAGUGGACACAUCGCCUUUUCCAGCUACAAUCCAUCCAGGAACAACUGUGAGAAGGACACCAUGGUCAUCUCUCUGAUGAAUAGCAUGACCUCCCUGUAUGCCUCUGUUGUCAUCUUCUCCAUCAUGGGCUUCCAGGCCACCACAGACCAUGGACAGUGCCUGGGCAGGAUGAGGCUCGCACUUCCUGCCCUGGCUGCACUUGGCCCUUCUCUGCAUGGCUGCGUGAGACCCUGCAUCAUACAAGGCACCAACAUGGAGGGGAUCAUCACGCUGCUCCUGGACAUGGGGGUCAUCCCCAUGGGGAUCCCCAAGGAGGCCCUCACAGCCACCUGCUUCAUGCUGCAGUCCAGAAGUUACUGGCUGGAGAUCUUCGACAGCUACGUGGCCUCCUUCAACCUCAUAGUCUUCACCUUCUUCAAGGUGGUGGGGGUCAUCUACAUCUACAGCCUGCAGCAGUGAGCUGAGGUCCACGGGAAACCCGGGGGGGUGGGGAGGGCCCCGCAGCGCCACUGUGCCCAAUGUCUGUGCAGGUUCUGUGAUGACAUUGUGUGGAUGAUGGGGCAGCAGCCAGGCCUCUACUGGCGGGCGGUGUGGCUCGUGGCCAGCCCCCUGCUCCUCCUGAGUGUCUUCCUGGCCUACCUCGUCCUGCUGGCCCAGAGGACACUGAGCUACUAGGCCUGGAACCCUCAGCACGUAGGUCCUCCCACGGGGAUCAAGGGGCCGCAGUGACCUGCAGGGUGACCCUGGUAGGACCGGAGCCUCUCGAGGGCCUCAGAGCAGUGUCCAGACCCUGGAGACAUCAGUCCUUCCAGCCCGCACUUUCCACGUGGACAGCCAGCUAAGGAAGCGACAAUUCUAGUGUCUGGGAGAGGUCAGGAGGCAGACUGGCGAAGGGUCACUCCCUGCCUGGUCCACACAGGGGACUAUGUAACACCUGGCCUGGGCCGCCCCUCCAAGUGAGCACCAGAACCCCUCAGGGUCCGCCUGGGGGAAGUGAGAAUUUUCUGCUUUAUCCUGGGGUCUCAGACCACACCUCACCUGUCCACAAGUGUUGGAGGCCAGUGGGUGGGGACCACAUGCCCCUGCCUUCCCUGAGGGCUUCCACCCAGAGGGAGCCUCAAGCCCCAGUUCCCUCAUCCCUGAGCACCCACCCAGGAUGCUGCCCUCCUGUAGUCCCAGGGAGGACUGGGGCUGCCUCCGUGCACAGGUGGUCGGGUCAGCCUCGCUCUGCUCAAGGCCUGGGGUCUGGAGCCAGAGGUCUGACCACUCCAGGCUGAGCUCUCUCUCUCUCUUGUGCCCCCUGCAGGAGCAGUUCCCCUCCAGGCAGGAGAAACUCUACCCUGGCUGGGUGCAAGCCAUCUGCAUGCUCCUGUCCCUACUGCCUGCUCUGUGGGUCCCGGGCAUUGCACUGGCCCGGCUGGUGGCCAAGUGUAGGAGGCAGCAGCAGGAUGAGUGGCUGGACAGCAGCCUGAGGCUGUAAGACAGCAGGGCCCACUGAGGGGCAGGGAUGGCCGUGGGUGACCUCAUCACACCCUGCCACCAACUCUGCAGGACCCUUGGCUCCCCAUGUCUUGGGCCUGCUCUAUCCAGGGUCCACUCUGCCCUCAAAUGGGAGGCAGAGUCCACCCAGGGGCACACCCAGUUCCUGGCUGCCAUAGGAGUCCCUCUGUGACAGUGCUGCCCACACAGCCUCAAGCUGUGAUGAUGGACAAAGGGCAGGCAUGCUGACAGCAGGCCAGGCCCUGCACAGCUUCCCUGCCAGGAAUCCAGCCCCAGGCUGACCCCCAAGUCCAGCCCAGGAUAGGGGGCAGGAGUCAUCUGCACACAUGUGAGGGGGACACACGAGUGCUGGGAGCCCAGCCAGGGAGGACUCAGAGACACCGCCAGUGUCAGCACCCAUGCUCAAGGGCAGAGGCUGCUGAAGUCAGAUUUCCUACCGUGGGGCCUCUUGGCCACUCCCUCCAGGUCCCC